AUGUUAGAAUCACUGGUCACCACGCUUCUCAAUACGUUUUUGGGAGCGUAUAUAUCCAACCUUAACUAUAACCAAAUGAAAAUAGGAAUAUGGAGUGGGGAAGUGAAACUCAACAACCUACUUUUAAAGAAAGAAGCCUUGGAUAAGUUUGACCUUCCCAUUGAUGUUAUUAGAGGACAUUUGGGAGAGCUGACUAUGAGUAUUCCAUGGUCCAAUUUGAAAACGAAACCUGUCCAAGUGCAUAUCAAAGACGUCUAUGUCCUUGCCGCUCCCAGAAAUGAAAGCAAUAUCACUGUGGAAGAGGAAGAAAGACGAGCUCAGCAAAGAAAGCAAGAACGUCUGGCUAAUGCAGAGUUGAUUGAUAACUCCAAUUCCGUACAAAGAAAAAAACCAGAAACCGAAGCAACCACAGCUCAAGAGGAUGCUAAAAACAGUUCAUUUAUGAGUCAGCUGGUGACUAAAAUCAUCGACAAUGUUCAAGUCUCCAUAAAGAACGUUCAUGUUCGAUAUGAAGACAAUGUCUCUAAUCCAGGUCACCCGUUUGCGGCUGGUGUUACACUUAGUGAAGUUAGUGCGCUUUCAACUAACGGUGAAUGGGUACCAACGUUCAUCAGCGAAAUGACAAAUACUACACAUAAGUUGGCGACACUUGAGGCACUUUCAGUAUACUGGAAUACGGACACACCCCUACUUGCUAAAGUUAGCCCUGAAGAUUUUGGAAAAGAGUUUUAUGCAAUGAUAUCCAAGCCAGAUAAAGAGCAGGCUGAUAACAGAUACGUACUUAAACCUGUAUCCGGCACGGGCAAGGUGACAAUAAGCAAGCAAUAUGGUGGAUCGACUCCAAAGUUUGACGUGAAUAUGCUUUUUGAAGAACUGGGAUUUAUUGUUGAUGAAGAGCAAUAUCAAGAUGCCAUAUUGACGGUAGAUCUUUUCCAUACCUACUUGAAGAGACAACAAUACCGAGCGCUGAGACCCCCGUUGCCAAAGACCCCAAAAACGCACCCAAGGGAGUUUUUCAAAUUCGCUCAACGUGCAGUAUUGGAUCACAUACAUGAGAAGAACUACAAAUGGAGCUGGGAUCAUUUUCGCAAAAGACGCGACGACCGAAAGCAGUAUAUUUCUUGCCAUGUAGAUAAUGAACUUGGAAGAGCCACUGCACAACAAAAGGAAGCUCUCAAAAAGCUUGAGCAAAAGCUUAGCUUUGAAGACAUUCGAUUUUACCGGAGUAUGGCAAAAUCAAAGCUUAAACGAGAACGUGCUUCAAUAAAUCAGCAAGCAAAAACUCAAGAGACAACAGCUAAAAAAGCUGGCAACUGGUUGAGUAGCUGGUGGGGCGGCUCGUCUGAGAAACAGAGUAAUGGUGGCGAUGAAGAUCCUGAAUCAGCAGAGGUUACGGAACAGCAACGACAGGAACUUUUCGAAGCAAUAGAUUGGAAUGAAGAUAAGGCUGCUCUUUCUAUGGCAGUGGAUAUGCCCAAAGAUACUAUGAAAGCCUUGAUCCAUGUCAAGCUAAAACGUGGAUCUUUUACUUUGAGAAAAUCUCCACACUCUAACGUAACACAGGAUUUGGUCACUCUGGUAUUCGAUACAGUCACUUGCGAUAUCAUUCAGUACCUUGAGUCACUCAAGGUAUCAGCAGCCCUCGGAGAUCUACGACUAUAUGACGGCUCAACAAAAGGAACGUUAUACCAAAAGAUGAUUGGUGUCAAAAAUAAGAACCAGAAAUCGAGGGAGAUCAGCAUACGCGAUCAAGAAGAAUUGGAGAAAAGCUUUGAUGUAGGGGAGCAUCGAACUGUGGAAAGUGAUCCUUUCUUUUCAGUCAUCUUCGAAAAAGGUCCUCUUGACGGACGAGCUGACAAUGCCAUAACUGUGAAGAUGCAUCAUUUGGAGAUUAUUUACAAUCCAGAAAUCAUCAAAGACGUAAUGCGUUUCUUUAAGCCUCCAGAAACUAACAUGGAAACCGUCAAUGCUUUGAUUGAGGUGGCAGGAAACACUUUGGAAGGAUUGAAAAGGCAAACUCGCGCAGGCUUGGAGUAUGCCUUAGAGAGCCACACAACUUUGGACUUAAGAGUGGAUAUGGAUGCACCAAUCAUUAUAGUUCCAGUAGACGUUACAAGAAAGGAUGCUUGGGCACUUGUUGUCGAUGCCGGUCAUAUCAAUGUUGAGAGCAAUCUUGCACCAAAAGAAGCAAUCGACAGAGUUCUCGCAAAGCAGGGCAUGGAGUAUUCAGAAGACGACUUCAAGGAGCUAGAAAGCCUUGUGUACGACAAAUUCAGCAUCAAGCUUACCGAAACAAAAGUCCUCAUUGCAGAAUCAGUAGACAAGAGUCGCCAAGCAAUUAAUGAUCCAAGCGGUGCUGAAGAUGCUCACUUGAUUGAUCAGAUUGAUAUGGAUUUCUUGUGCGAGAUCUGUAUCGUUCCAAAACGCACUCAGCUCACUAAAAUCAAAAUAUCCGGUCAUUUGCCUUUGGUGUCUAUCAAUUUUUCAGACAAGAAAUACAAAACUUUGAUGAAUAUUAUCGAUAUCAUUGUGCCAUCCAUUGAUGAUGAACCUAGUGGACAAGAAUCAGUUCAAGAUUACGGUGCUGCCAAAUUGGAAGACGAAAAUAUGGUCCUAUCGGGUAAAAUGGAUAACAGCAAAAGGACAAGCUAUUUUGGAAAACCAGUCUGGGAGACACCACAGCCUGAACUGUUGCUGUUAUCCGACACGGAGGAUUCAGAUGAUGACGAAGAUUCAGUUCAGAGCACAGAGGGAUACACUAGUCAUGACAGUUCAAAGACUUCCAGCAUGAGAAGCACUCGCGGAAAUGACGAUGCCCAAGUAUCAAAUGAGUACAAGCAAACAAAUUUUUCACUGUCAUUUCAAAUUGAUCGAGUGCAAGCAACGUUGAAAGAGGCUCACUCUAACAGCACAGAGAGCGACAUACUUCUCUGCGAUGUGGUAUUGGAAAACUUCUUGUUGGUGUUUACGCAGAGAAUGUUUGACAUGAAUGUCGAUGUUUCUUUGAAAACUUUAAGCGUCAUUGAUAGGAUGGAGCAUGGAAAUGAAUUUACCUACCUUAUCACGUCUGAUAAGAUAUCGCCAGAUGGUAAUAACAAUGAAGGAAAGAAGAACUUAGUCAAUGUGCAAUACAAGAAGAUCAACCCAAAGAGUCCAGAGUAUGACAAGAUUGACCAAUCUGUUGAUGUCGAACUUUCUGCUCUCAAUAUCAUCGUGACAAGAAGUUCGAUAUUAACGUUGUACAACUUCAUCCUCUCAACAUUUACGGGCCCCACAAAGGAGAAUAAUCCAGCAACUCCAGAAUCGAAUCGCCGUGAAAGAUCUGAGAGCAGAGUGUCGAUCGCAUCCAGUGUAGAGUCUAAGAAACCCGUAGAACAAUCGAACACUCCGCAACAAACUGGCACUGGGGUUAUCAAGGUACAAAUUUGCUUAGAAAGUUUGGAUCUCAUUUUGAAUGAUGACGGAAUCCGCCUAGCUACGGGAUGUUUGUCUCAUGGAGAUGUAUCUGUGCUGGUCAAACCAACAACCCUGAGUGUAGAUGUUAAAAUCGGCAAUUUCGAACUCAAAGAUGACACCAAUCGGCCUAUGGCUCCAAAUGAAGAUAUUGAGACAAGUCAUUCAAAUGUUCAGCUAUUGUAUCUGGAAGGAAAGGAACUUGCAACUUUCAGAUAUGUGACCUACGACAAAGAAGCCAGCCGUUAUCCGGGAUACGACCAAUUGAUAUUUUUACGCAUGGGUUCCUUACGACUGAACUUUGUUGAGAACUCUGUACAUCAACUUAUGGAAUAUGGAUCUCGGUUUGCCGAAAUGAAAGGUGUUUAUGACGCAGCUAGAGAAGCAGCGUUUUCUUCUGCUCAACAAAUUCAGCAAUCAGAGGCACUACUACAUUACGAUAUUCGAAUUAGAUCUCCUACUGUUGUCUUCCCGUCAAUGGACAGAAAACGGCCGCAAGAUAAAAUGAUUGCUCGGCUCGGCGAGAUAUCGGUAGAAAACAAAUUCUCAGAAUCCAAAAUUGAGUUGAAACCAGAAGGCACAUCUCCAGUAACAAUCAAAGAGAAUAGCAUUCGAGCAAGAGUAGAAUCCAUAAACUUGAGGUCAGAAUUCAUGACGAAAGACGAAGAAACAGGGGAAGAACAACAGCAAGUGCUUGACAUACUGAAGGAGCUUCACCUGGAUUUCAAUGUAAUCACUAUAAACCAUGUUCAUGGCACUUUAAUACCAGACACUCAAGUAAACGGCGCCGUUUCCGACAUACAAAUGAAUCUUACCGAACGGCAAUUCAAGUUUCUCAUUGAAACAUCUAACAGCAUUACCUCAGCAUUUACAACUGGUCCUGAGGAUACAGAAGAACUUGAAAAUGAAGCCACAGAUCAACUGGCACUUCAAGCAAUGCAAAGCGUAGGUGUGGCCGACGGUUCUAAUGCUCGUUCCAGUGAAACGAUAAAGCAUGUUGUCAAAUCCGAGGCUUUAUCAAAGGAAGAUACAAAUAAGCAGCCUGGUGAAAAGCCUUGGUCUACUUUAGAUCUGAAUAUCGACUUUAAAGAUAUCAAACUUGAAAUAUUCCAGUCUGAAGCCAUCAUCAAAGAAGAAGACUUGCCAAAAUGGAGUCUCGCUAGCUUUUCAUUGGAACACACGACUUUCAAAAUGUGUAACAAAUCAGACUCUUCAUCAAAUAUGGAACUUCAGAUCGAAUCCAUCGUACUCAGAGACACGAGAGUUGAUGUCAAAUCUGAAUUUAGGGACGUAAUGAAUCGGAUUCGUACCGAUGGCCCUCAACUGCAACUUCGUCAUGAGACUUCUCCUCCGAAUCCAAGUUCUGAUCAAACAUUACUCGUAGCUCUCGAUACUCCGCACAUCAUUUUGUCUGUCGAUCACAUUUUUGCCUUGCAAAAAUACUUCAUGGCUCCGUUUACUGUGGAGCAAGCAACCGAAGCUCAGAGAUAUGCAGAGACUCAAAAAAAGAAAGCAUCCACUGAUGUUACCAAACCGCAAACCACCCGUAAUACAACCCACGGUCGUGCUACGCGCGCUACCAAGGCUCAGAGCAUCGAUCAGCAAACCCCCAAAGGAUCUUUUUACUACCGUAUAAACAUCGUUGACCCUGAGAUUGUUCUGCUUGCCAACCCGGCCUUACCUAACUCAGAGGCGAUCAUCUUAUCUGCGGAACAAAUUCUGGUCUCCCAACAAGCACUGAUGACUAUCAACGUUUCCAAGAUCGGAAUGUUCCUAUGUAUCAUGAACAAGAAAUCCGAAGCGUCAAUUCGUUUUGUUGAAGACUUUGAGAUAUCCAUGUCCAUGGAGAGCCAUACUUCUGCAAACAACAAUAUCACCAGUAUUGUGAUCGAUUUAACGACUUUCGUAUUGAAGCUAUCGUACAUGGACAUUACAGUCAUCAGCACUGUCGUGAACCGAGCAUUGGAGCUUUUGGGUCAGUCUAACUCUUCUGGUCCUCCUCCCGAUUCCAAAGAAGAUGAUGACAAUAGCGAUGACGAAAGCGUAGACAAAAUCUCGGAAAUAACGGCAGCCCACACCGAAGCACCAUCGGUGAUGUCGACUAGCGUUCUUCGACGAAGAAUGAACAAUGAACCCUACAUUGUGAUGUCAAGAGAAACACUCAAGCUCAACAGUCAGGGAAUACAGAUCAUUCUUAUGGAUGAUCUUUACGAAAUGCCAAUUUUGGACAUGAAUUUGAAGCCGUUUACAGUGAACGUGUCCGAUUGGUCGAAGGCUCUUUUGGUCGACUCGUCGUUCUCGCUAUACACUGGGUUCUUUAACAUCAAAAACUCUCAUUGGGAGCCUCUUAUAGAGCCUUGGAGCUUUAAUGUGAAGGUUUCUAGAGCCUUGAUAGCCGAAAGCUUAGAAAUUGAUGUGUCCUCUAAACGAAAAUUGGAGAUCAAUGUUGAACACACUUUUGUGGAAUCAAUGUUGAACUAUUCGAACGGUCUCGGAAAUGGCAAUAAGCAACAGUUCGAAGUGGCUCGUGGCUCCUUAAAACCUUAUCGUAUAGAAAACCGAACUGGAUACACUAUCUCCGUAUGGAAUAGCCAAUAUCGCGAUGUACCUGAUAACAAGCAGCUUACCCAGGUCAAAAAUGGAGAAAACCUGCCAUGGUCCUUCACGGAUUGGCGAAAGCAAAGAGAGAUGGAACUCUCAACCUUUGGCAAUAAUAAUUUAGGAAUUAGGUUCGACGACAAGAAAUGGGAGCCUUUGAAGGCCAUCACAAUUGAUAGACAAGGAGAGCACCAGUAUAUCCUUCGACCCAAAAUCAAUGAAAUCUCACACCGACUAGUGGUCGACAUCAAAAUAGUAGACAAUGUAAAGGUUGUUACCUUGCGCUCUGGCCUCCUACUUCAAAAUCGAACAUUGAUACCUCUUGAAGUGACCAUUACCGACAGCAAAGGAACAGAAAUACACGACGCUUCCGUUAUUCAUCCUGAAGCUGACUUUUCUGUCCCUAUCGAUGAAUGCUACGAUUACUGGUUCCGUAUCCGACCUAAAGUGGAAGGAUACAAGAUGAGUGAAAAAGCCAUGCAUUGGUCUGACUUAACACUUUCCAAGCCACCAGAUAGUAUUGAAUGCAACUACGAAGAAGUUGGCCCGCCAAGCUUUCGUUUCCAUGUAAACAGCAUCUUUGAUAAAAAGAACCCGGCUUCAAAACGAUAUCCUUUCAUGAAAGUACAACUGUCUCCACCAAUCGAGAUUGAGAACCUGUUGCCGUUUGAUAUCACCUAUCGUGUAGUUGACAAGGACUCCGGUCAGGACUUUUCGUCCGAAUUGGAAAAAUCCGGCCGUAGCCCUCUUCACAUCAUUGACCUGAAACAUUUGUUAUUAAUGUCCAUCGAUGUUCAUGAUACAGCUUAUCAAACCAGUGAAUUGGUUGUUAUCAACAGUCAUCGCAGCAAUGAAAUAGCAGCAGAACAGACAUUGAUCUUGCUCGACUCCAAUAAUCGUCCGUUGCGUCUAAAACUGUUCUUUUCGGAUGUGCCUGGUACCCCAGGUGCCCGCCGGUUGAGCAUAUGCGCACCAUAUGUAAUCAUAAAUAAGACUGGACUGUCAAUAAGCUACAAAUAUAAGCCCUUCCUGCAAACCGCAAAAAUAGCUGCUGGUCAAGGCGAUGAUGAUGUUGAACAGACGGAAGCUGUACCGGUGUACAUGUUUUCCUACCCAAAAGAUGAUCAUAGAAACAGAGUACAACUUCGUUUGAAGGACAGUGGAUGGAGUCAGCCAAUAAGUUUCGAAGCAGUUGGUAGUACACAAGAAAUCGGUAUGCCGAAGGUUGGAGACAAAGAAGUGUAUCUAGGAAUCAGUGUGACUGAAGGACAAGGAAAGUUUCUUCAUACAAAUAUAAUCACCAUCACCCCAAGAUACAUUUUGAAAAACAACCUUGGCUUUGACUUGCGAUUCAAAGAAACUGGGGCUGAAGACGAUCAAUUCCUAAGUAAUGGAGGAAAAGGUGUAGUCCACGACUUACAAAAGUCUCAUAAAUCCAAAUAUUUGUCGAUUCGUCCAUCCGGGUUGCAGAGCCAGUGGUCUGCACCUUUCAACAUCAACCAUAUCGGAACCCUCUACGUCAAACUUGAGAGUUCAGAGGAGGUGCCGGUUCUUCUCGCGAAAAUAUCCAUAUUGCUGGAAGAUGCUACUAUUUUCAUUGUAUUGAGCAGAGAUAAUGGAAAAUGGCCAUACUUGAUUAUCAAUGACUCAUCCGUGGACAUAUCACUGUUUCAGCAGAGCGAGAGUGCCACCAAAGAUGACGAAUCAUCCGUUUAUAAUCUUUGGACAAAGCCAAAAGUAUAUGAAUUAAAAUCAGGUGCCACUAUGAAGUAUUCCUGGGAUUUCCCGUCAAUGAAAGACAAAAAGGUUGUCCUUGCCAUUGGCGAAAGAACAAGAGCAGUUGACAUCAAGGAGAUCGGACACCAAGUUCCGUUUAGAUAUCGAAAAUCAAGACGUGACCCGGGUAUCAUGUCCAUUGAUGUUGUGGCUCGUGGUCCAAUGCAAAUUCUUCGACUGAGUGACUACGACCAAUCCUCUAGCAUGUUCAAGCUCAAAUCUUCGGCUUCAUCUGCAAUGGGGUCUACAAUUGUUGAUGAGAGUGUUCGAGAAACUUUCGAAGAAGUCGACGUUGAACAUGUCAUCAACUAUACGAUAUCAGUCGACUUACAGGGCAUAGGUAUUUCCAUCAUCAACCAAAGACUACAGGAAAUGGCAUACGUUUCAAUGAAGGAUCUACAGGUCAAGGUGACGGACUCCAGUAUAUACCAGUCUCUGCGUGUGUCUAUUCAAUGGCUACAGAUCGAUAACCAAUUUUUCGGCUCAACCUUCCCGAUAUUGCUCUACCCAACAGCCAUCCCUAAGGAUGACACUGAGAAUAUUGGAUACCCUACUUUUCAUUUUGCGAUCGACAAAGUCAAGGACAAUUCUCAGGGAGUCCUUUAUCUGAAAUAUUUCUCUCUCCUAUUGCAAGAAAUGACAUUCGAAAUUGAUGAAGACUUCUUGUUCGGACUGAUGGAAUUCUCGAAAUUCAGUGUUCCUGGAUGGGAAAAACAAGAGCCAAAGAUCCUUUGCUCGGAAGAUAUGGAUAUACCUGACCCCAAAGUUCAAGAGGAAGCUGAAGAGCUCUAUUUCGAAGUCUUCAAUAUUCAACCAAUGAGGCUUAAUCUUUCCUUUGUGAGAACUGAGAGGAUCAAUGCAUCUCCAGUGGAAGAACGAAACUCUGGCCAUUCUCCACUGAUGUUUGUCUUUAAUGUUUUCACUAUGACAAUCGGCAGCGUGAAUGACGCACCUGUGAAACUCAAUGCGCUAGCGGCCGAAAACAUGAGAGUCAGUUAUAAUGACCUAAUCAAACGGAUGACAUACCAUUAUGGCGAACAAGUCGUAUACCAGAUACAUAAAGUUAUUGGUUCCGCAGAUGUCAUUGGUAACCCAGUCGGCCUCUUUAAUACCUUAAGCUCUGGAGUGGCUGAAUUGUUCUAUGAGCCUUAUCAAGGUGUCAUUAUGAGCGAUCGACCUCAGGAUCUGGGUAUUGGUAUAGCAAGGGGAGUUGGAGGGUUCUUCAAAAAGAGCGUUUUCGGAUUCUCAGACAGCUUUUCAAAGUUCACCGGCAGUAUUGGCAAAGGCCUGGCAGUUGCUACUAUGGAUCGCAAAUUCCAAGAUCGUAGGAGAGCCAAUAUGACCAGAAAUCGCCCGAAGCAUGCUAUGUACGGAGUCACUCAAGGUGUUAAUCAAUUUGGCACCAGCGUUGCCAGUGGAGUAGCCGGCCUUGUGAAACGUCCGAUGGAAGGUGCAUCUAAAGAAGGUGUUGGUGGCUUUGUAACUGGCAUGGGCAGAGGAUUAGUAGGAGUGGUGACCAAGCCUGUAGUUGGCAUGUUUGACUUAGCAAACAACGUAAGCCAAGGUGUUCGCAAUACCACCACUCUCUUUGAUGUGAACAGCAUUGAUCGCCUUCGUUUACCGCGUUACAUCGCUGGAGAUGGCAUUCUUCGGCCAUAUUCUCAACGAGAAGCUUUGGGUCAAAGUUGGCUGAAGGAUUUGGAAAAUGGAAAGUUCUUCAGCGAGCUCUAUAUUGCUCAUUGCUUACUCACCACCAACGAAAUGGCCGCAAUACUCACGAAUACCCGGAUCUUGGUGAUUAACACUCGAAAAUCCACAUUGGAAUGGCAAGAACACUUUUCAGAUAUCGAGAGUCUAGUGUUCAAGCAAUCUGGAAUUCUUAUUAAACCAAGAACGGCAAGAGGGGAACCCUACAUACCCAUUCCGGAACCUUCGACCGCCAAGUGGUUCUUUGCUAAAAUUGAAGACACAGUUGCUCAGUGGGGCGAGCAACAAAAUAUUGAAUCGUAG